AUGGAUGCAAAACCAGAGAACAUUUGGCAACAACAAACCAUACCCAUUUGGAUAUCGCCUGCUUACACAAAAUCACGCAGGACACAAAUUGGAACCUUCCUUCGCGUGAUACAAAAUGCUACGAAUAUUAGAUUUCGAUCGUAUGCGAAAGAAAGAGAUGUGGAUUACAUAUCAGUAAAAAUAAUUACCUAUGGCUGUUACGGAGUUAUAGGAUUUGGGAGAGGUGGAGAACGGUGGAUGAAUUUGUUCGAGGACUGUUUAGAUUACGCUGAAACUACAUUAAGAACAAUAUAUCAAGUUUUUGGCUUCCAAAUGAUUGCAACAAAAAAUCCUGAUAAGAAGUUACUAUACAGAGAAUUUACAAUUGGACUAGAAUUUUAUGCAUACAACGAUGUAAUAACAAAUUCGUAUCUUCAUUCCUUGAACGAGCCAUCAAACGGCACUAUUGUAAUAGGUGCGGAAAGCGCAACAAGCAUGACAUGCCACCAGCCAAAUAUGGAAAUUAAUUAUUGGACUCAUGCUUACACAAAUCUCAUACAUUCCUAUCCAUAUAUCGAUCUGAUUAUGUUUCCAAAAUACUUUCGAAAUAAAAAUGUGGAGAUCUCGGAACACGACAGAUUUCAUCUCAAUCGAAUUUAUGCAGAGAAAAACAUGGACCCAAUAUAUGACCUCACAGAUUCUACUCACGCAGCUAAAUACAAUGUAGAAAAGUUGUUGGGCAUACCGGGGGUCUUCACAGGAGUACGCGAUCUGCACUGUGAAGAUAUGCUUGUUGAUUGUGCCUUCAUGCAGAACAAUCGGGAUCACUGUAACUUAUACCAAGAGUUUAGGUUUCAGCAUUUAAAGGAAAAUGAAUUGCCAGUAUGUACUGAUGACUUAGAAAGUGUCAAUAAAGGAAUCUGCGACCCUAAUCAACGGUAUCGAUGUUUGCUUCCAGCAGUACAAGAAAAAUGCACUCGUAGCUGUGGUUACUGUCCCGAACACAGUCAAGUUAAUUGUGACUUUAUCAUUGCUCUCAAUGCAGAAUACUCCUCUGAUCAUCCAAGUUAUAAUUAUCGGUGUCAGUACAUCCGAGUUGUCCCUCGUUACAAAUGUAAAGCGGAUACAAUGAUACCAUUAAAUCCGGUCACUGAUUGCAUGUUAUCAUGUGGACGAGCUAGCUGCAUGAAAAAUGACAUUGAUUACAACAGCGGCUAUACAUCAAUUCCGGUAAUGCAGUUAUACGUACUACCGCAAAGUUUGAAAUUCCCAACAUUUGGAUUUUGGAGAAAAGCUGAGAAAGAAAGAGAAACACAUUGA